CAGAGCUCACUGCGUGCGCCACAGUCUCCUCUCCGCGCCGCCACUGUGCUGCAUCAGUGGCUGCGGUUGAAGGACAGACCAGGAGGCGAAAAUACAGCAGUUUUACGGCGAACGCCAAGAGAAAAAUGCUUUGAAAAAGCCUGCAAACUGUGCAAACGGAAGCCACCGCAGUGAUAUAAUAUUCAGGAGCAGCAGCUCUGCACCAGUGGACCUUUCAGACCAGAGACUGUCCAUCAUGUUGUCCAGACUGAGAACAACGUGGUCCCUGAGGCCCUGUGUCUCUGUUUGCAGAUGGGCGCACACCAAAGACAAGGGCAAGCCCCUCAUGCUCAACCCUCGCACCAACAAAGGCAUGGCCUUCACUCUACAGGAGCGACAGAUUCUUGGGAUACACGGUCUGUUGCCUCCCAAAGUCGAGACUCAGGACAUUCAGGCCAUGCGUUUCCAGAAUAAUCUCAAGAAGAUGGUUGAUCCCUUAGAGAAAUACGUCUACUUGAUGGGCAUCCAAGAGAGAAAUGAGAGACUAUUCUAUAGGGUGUUGAUGGAAGAUAUAGAGGAAUUGAUGCCGAUUGUUUACACUCCCACUGUAGGCCUGGCCUGUACACAGUAUGGACACAUCUUCAGGAGACCCAAAGGCUUGUUCAUCUCCAUUCGGGACAAAGGACACAUCCGUUCCAUCUUGGACAACUGGCCGGAGCCUAUUGUUGCAGCAGUAGUAGUAACAGAUGGAGAGCGUAUUUUAGGAUUAGGGGACCUGGGUGUUUAUGGAAUGGGCAUCCCUGUCGGAAAACUUUGCUUGUACACUGCCUGUGCCGGCAUUCGACCUGAGAGAUGUCUGCCUGUGGUGAUAGAUGUUGGCACAGACAAUGAGACUCUCCUCAAGGAUCCGCUGUACAUGGGGCUGUACCAGAGGCGGGAUCGCUCUGAAGCCUACGAGGAACUGAUUGAUGAGUUCAUGGAGGCUAUAGUGGACAAAUGGGGCCAGGACACACUGAUUCAGUUUGAGGACUUUGGGAACCACAAUGCCUUCCGUCUAAUCAGGAGAUACAGGGAGAAGUACUGCACCUUCAACGACGAUAUCCAAGGCACUGCAUCUGUAGCCCUUGCUGGUCUGCUAGCAGCUCAGAGGGCCGUUGGCAAACCCAUUACUGAACACCGGGUGCUUUUCUUGGGAGCUGGAGAGGCUGCUCUUGGUAUUGCCAAUCUGAUUGUCAUGGCCAUGAUGGAGGCGGGGAUGACGCAAGCUGAGGCCAGACAGAGGAUUUGGAUGUACGAUAAACAUGGCUUACUAAUAAAGGACAGACCGCAGGAAAUGGACAGCAACCAGGAGGCAUUUAUCCACGAGAGUCCAGGGAAUGUGCAGAGCUUCCUAGAUGCUGUCAACACCAUCAAACCCACAGCAAUUAUUGGUGUGGCAGGAGCUGGACGUCUGUUCACUCAUGAUGUCAUCAAGUCCAUGGGAGCCCUGAACGAACGUCCCAUCAUCUUUGCCCUGAGUAACCCAACCACUAAAGCCGAGUGCACAGCAGAGGACGCCUACACGCUCACCGAUGGUAGAUGUCUUUUUGCCAGUGGCAGUCCAUUCGACCCAGUAACCCUGAAAGAUGGUCGCGUCUUCACUCCUGGACAAGGGAACAAUGCUUACAUCUUCCCAGGUGUGGCCUUGGCUGUGAUCCUGAGUGGAGUGAGACACAUCAGUGACACAGUGUUCUUAGAGGCUGCCAAGACCCUUGCAGAGCAGCUGACAGAUAAAGAGCUAGAAGAAGGCAGACUCUAUCCUCCUCUCUCCAACAUCAGAGAGGUCUCUGUCCAGAUGGCUGUCAAGGUGGUGGAGUAUGUCUAUGCUAACGGCAUGGCGUUCCGCUACCCUGAGCCUGUGGACAAGGACAGCUUUGUACGGUCCACUGUGUGGGACACCAGCUACGACUCCUUCCUGCCAGACACAUACGACUGGCCAGGUGUCAGCUUCAGCCCCAAGACCAACUAGAAGUAGAACAGACCCUCACUGUGUCUCAAUUUCACCUUUCCUUUGUUUCCCACUUAACUCUCAAUCACAGAUCUUCAGAGAUCAUGCAAACAUCUGCUUAUGAAAAAAGGCAGGAGAAGUUCCAUGUUACUGUAUUUGCUCUAAAUCAGUCUUUUUAGAUCUGUGAAAAGGAAGAGUGAAGGUGGCAUUUGAAUGGACACAACUUAUUUUUACUUCACGUCCCAGUUCUUUAUCACCUCUGCAUCACACCUGAACCUGCACUGCACCAGGAGGACCACCUGGUGGUGGGAAAUGGGCAGUGUUUUAUUGUUGAGAUACAUUUUAAUGAUCUAUACAAAAAAAAAUCACAUUAAUAAAAUGAAUAUCACAAUGUGGUUUAUGGAAGUAAAAUACCACUUGAAACCCUGAUUGUCAAACAAGCAGAAACCAAAACAUUCACUAUCUCUUUAAUCAUAAAUGAAAAUAAUGUAAACUGUUGUUAGGAAAUGGCAUGUACAAUGCUUCUUUAUCCUCCUAUUUUAACACAUGUUGACUUUGAUAUGAUAUUUUUUUUUUGUCUACACUCCUGAUGCAGAAGUUAGUCCACUUUUAGUAAGCUUCAGAUAGCCAAACUCCACUUUAAAAAAAGGUUUUAACAUGGAGUUUGGGCACAGUCUUUUUUUCCCCACAUCAGAUAGGCCUCUGGUGGGUGAUCCAACCAAAGCCCGGUUUGAGACGUGGUUAAUGACUCUUUUGUUAACCUAGGCUUAAAUUGGGUCAGAUGGGUUAUCAGAGAAGGUGUAGAAGAGCAGAGGGUUAAAGCACUCGGCCUUUGUGAUCAAAUUUGGAGAGAAAAAGAGGAAGGCAUGUUAUUCAGGGGAGGAAUGGAGUGAAUAUCUUAAGGCCACAGAAUAUGAGAUUAUAUGAAGGGAAAUUAAAUGAACUAUAUCUAGAAAAAAUGAUUAAGAAAGUAACGUCCACUCCAGCAUUUUUUUUUGUAUGAAUGCUUUUGACCUAUUUUGUUUAUUUCUCUGAAUUUAUUUAAUAUUUGGGGGUGUAUUACCUGUUUUGCCAUUAUACUGUGUAUGCUGUCAUCAACACUCCUUUAAUGAGUUGUGGUAAGAAGAAUCCCUUAAAAAUGACCUCUUUGCCUAAAUCUAACAAUAUAAACUGUCCCCUAGAUAUUUCAGCAAACGAUGUGCUGCAUCAAAUGAUUGGAUAAACAUUAUUUUCUAUGUAAAUUAUAUUUUGUUAACUGUACAUGUCCUUUUGUGGAAACCAGGACUGUUUGCUGAAAGAGUAUUUAUAAAGUUUUGUGAAGUACAUGCAUGUGUGUGUGUGUUGGCAGGUUGGUGUGUGGGUUUUGCUCCCUGGAACAUUCAACAAGACAACAAAUUUAUAGGUGCUAGGCUGCGUUUCACAGUUCUGAUUGAACAUGAUCAUUAAUAAUAACAACAGUCGCUUUUCAGCUUUGACUAUACUUAGAGAUAGAAAUUAAGGCUAUUCAAUAAAAGAGUAAAGUAAGAUGGAAGAUAAGAUAAAGUAGAAUAAAACAUUAAACCGGUUAUAAAGAAUUAAAGUGCAGUACAAGAUGUGAUUUGUUGGUGUGAUAUGAUGACAUUUUAUUUGAUUGCCAGCGGCAUAGCAGCAGUCUUAAGCUUUGAUCUAAAUACUGCACCUCAUAAUUUGCAUUAUGGGUCAUUCAUAAUCAACAUUAUCGGCAUAAAAAAAUAGUAACCAAAAAGUUCUUCUAAAAGAGGUUACAAAGAUCUUGACAUCCUGACAUUUCGACUUUGUCAUCCUCAUCACACUGAAAACAGAGUUUUUGCACUGUUAAUGAACAUCACUUGAGGCUUUAAAGUAAUUGUAUUUGGAUUACUUGUGACUGUCAGUAUAUAACUCCGCAUCAGCUAUGUUUAGUGUCGCAAUAGAAACUUAUCUUUCGACAGAAACGUUCGUCAGAGCAUGAGUCAAGUCGGCUUGCUGAGUCAGAUCUGUAAGCUACAGUAUAUUGUUAAAUAGUCACAGAGUAGAGACGGCAGCUUCCUCGUGAGAUAUCCUGUUGACUAUAUUCCAGUUAUAUCUUCCAAAUAUAUCACAUUGUAAUGUACUUCGCAUAUCUUAGUGUAACUAGUGACAGUCAACGUGUUCUGUCCACAAGAUCUUUACAUUUUGCUCUCUGCUCUGACAGCCUGGCUGUAUUGUAUCAUGAUGAAAGAGCUAAUGAUCUAAAAUUGUCUGUUCAGUGUUAGAUGUUGGAACUUGAGAAACCUUGACACAAAAACGUACAGCUAAAAUGUGUUUAAGUCUGAGAAAUGUACCAGUAAUGUUAAAACUACCAACACUGUUGACAAGGGCAUUAGAAAUCUGUAGGUAUCAUCCUCACAUACUGUAUGUCUAAAUCUAUGUCUCAGGCUGCUGUGUACAUUUUAAUCUCAGGAUGCUAUAUUUAGGACCUGCUAACCACCUGCAAUGAAGUGCCUGCACAAUGUUCAAUGUCUAUUCAGCAUCACUUCAUGCUCCAUUUCCCACAUCAAACUAUGAAUUUAAUAGUUUGUUUUGAACAAAGUGGAGUAAUUGUGUUGUAUUCAAUGUGCAGUUUUUUUCUCUCAUAUGCUGUGCAGCUUCAGGUUGGGAACACAAUAUAAUAUAUUUUUAAGAAGAGUUUGACCCCAUGAAAUGUCAGGUCGCGUGUCUGUCCAGCUGUUGUUACUGACUGUAAUCGUCCAGUAUGAGGUUUAACUAUGUUGUGUUAAGAAUUCAGUGAUCGGUUUGCCCACAUCACAUUCAAGCAGUGUUGUGUCCAUCAAGUCUGUGUUUUCGAAGUGAACUUUUAUUAAAGAGUAAUAUUUCCUCAGUGUUUGUACUCAGAGCAACAUGCUUGCUGAAAGCGCAGAAUAAAACCAGUUUUUUACCGGC